UAAAAACUCCGUUGCAUGAAGAGUUUUGACACCUGCGUGAAACUUGGACAAGCGGAUUGUGAUCCUAAUAAUAUGUGGCUUCAAAUUCCAUUUUUGUGCGGCCAUGAACCCGCUUGCUGGGAAGUCGGUAAUAAAUGGGCAUUGGAAGAAGCAAAGCGCAAUCUUCAAAGGCAUUAUCUUCUAGUGGGAGUAACGGAGGAAAUUCCUGAAUUUAUACUAACUCUUCAAGCCAUAUUACCGCGCUUUUUCAGAGGAGCGUAUGACAUAUUUAUGCACAAUAAUAAAUCUCAUUUGAGGCAAACGACGCAAAAAGUAGAUCCUCUUCCGGAAACUAUAGAGAAAAUCCAAAAAUCACAAGUUUGGAAAAUGGAAAAUGACUUUUACAAUUUCGCUCAUGCUUAUUUUCAUAAUAUCAAAAAGAGACUCAUAAACGCUUCUAUUCAAGAUGUGAAUCAGCGAUUUAUGUACGAAAAGAUACGACCAAAAUAAAUUCAUUUUUAAGUCUUUCAGAAAAGAGAUAAGAAGGUCAGUAAAGAGGGGGCUCCUGAAGUAGGAGCCUCAUUCUUAGAGUAAAACUUUUUCUGUCUGUUCAGCAACAGAGGAACUUUAAAAAAUAAAAACUCCAAAUUAUUACUACUUUCCUUUAUGAUAGAAAAGUUUUAUUUACUGUUUCUAAUGCUAAUGUUCUAAUUUUUCAGUAAUAUCCAAAAAUUAAGGAAUCGUUUUAUUUUGCGUAGACUGAGACCAUACAAUUGUUGUUUUUUCAGCAUUAUUCUUUUUUCCCUUAUUUUUGUAGCUUUAUAAUCCAGUUGAUCUUGGGCCUAGAGCCCGAUUAGGAAAUAUAUGACUUUACAAAAAAUUGUUCUUGUCUUCAAUUUCUGUAAUAAGACAUGAAACUUACUGUGACAAAUGUUGUUAAAAGAAUAAAAGUUUUGUAUACUUGAAGCGUUUGCUUAUUCAAUAAUUUAUAGAUCGUAACCAAUUGCAGUUGAGCCAUCAACUUUUA